GAGAGGAGGAGAGGAGACGGUUAGACCACUGCCUGCUCCUGGAGAGAGAGAGAGAGAGAGAGAGAGGAGAAGGUUAGAAUGCCGGCUCCCUGUGAGAGAGAGGGGACCCUGUCAGGGGGAUGGCUCCACCACAGAACGGACAUUUAGCACCACCACUACUACCAGCACCUUGAGGAGCAUAGGAGAACUAAGGCUAUUAAGUACUCAGACACUGGACCACUGGAGUACCCAGACACUGGACCACUGGAGUACCCAGACACUGGACCACUGGAGUACUCAGACACUGGAUCACUGGAGUACCCAGACACUGGACCACUGGAAUACCCAGACACUGGACCACUGUAGUACUCAGACACUGGACCACCCAGACACUGGACCACUGGAGUACCCAGACACUGGACCACUGGAGUACCCAGACACUGGACCACUGUAGUACUCAGACACUGGACCACUGGAGUACCCAGACACUGGACCACUGUAGUACUCAGACACUGGACCACUGGAGUACCCAGACACUGGACCACUGGAAUACCCAGACACUGGACCACUGGAGUACCCAGACACUGGACCACUGGAGUACCCAGACACUGGACCACUGUAGUACCCAGACACUGGACCUACUGCAGGGUAAGAGCAUGCGUCCAUGAUGAGUGUUCCUCAGCCUGACCCGGAUGAGAUGCCCCCCUCCACCGUCAACCCUGUCACCACCCCCACCCUGAGCCCGACCCCACCAAUCACAGACGAGCUGGAGUGUAAGAUCUGUUACCAGCGUUACAAUGUCCACAACCGCAGGCCCAAGAUCCUGGACUGCCUCCACCGGGUGUGUGCCCGCUGCCUCAACAAGAUCCUGGACACGGGGGACGUCUUGGGCUGCAUUUCCUGCCCCUUCUGCCGACACGAAACAGAGGUCAGCGAAUACGAGGUGUCGGGCCUCCCCGACGACUCCAACGUCAUAUCCUGCCUGGCUGUCAGGGAUAAGUCCUGGAGCUCUGACCAAGAGGUGACCCUCACCCCCAAGAGCCUGUCCUCCACCUCCCCCUUGCUUCACUCCUCCAACUGCCUGGUGAUCACUAUCAUGGAGGUUCAGAGGGACAUGGGGCCCGGGGGCCUGGGAAGCUCAGACCACUUCACAGAGCACAGCCUGGACUCUAUCUCCGUGGGCUCCAACGGGCAGGAGGUUCAGGAAGCCCUGUCCAAGUUGUGUUCGCACGUCCCCAGGAUCCUGGUGUGGCUCCUGGGGCUGUUCUACUUCGGGUCCCUGCCCCUGGGCAUCUACCUGCUGGUGAUCCAGAGGGUGACGCUGGGCAUAGUCUGUGUGAGCCUGGUACCGUCCAGUCUGACUGUGUGUCUGGUCUAUGGGUUCUGCCAGUGUCUCUGCCAGGGCAUGUGUGACUGCUCGUCUAGGGGCUGAUUGACUGACUCAACAAGGUACUGACAGAUGCUGGGUUUGGAGGGAGGGAAAAUACUGGACUGUUGGAAUCAACAUGGUGUCCUUUACUGCCCCAAUCUAGUGACCAGCCGGGUUGGAGGGAGGGAAAAUACUGGACUGUUGGAAUCAACAUGGCGUCCUUUACUGCCCCAAUCUAACAACCAGCCGGGUUGGAGGGAGGGAAAAUACUGGACUGUUGGAAUCAACAUGGUGUCCUUUACUGCCCCAAUCUAGUGACCAGCCGGGUUGGAGGGAGGGAAAAU